AUGAAGACUUACCUGACAAAAGAAAAUGCACCAGAUUUUGACGAGGACACUUUACGAGGUGAGCUAGGUUCAACUUCGGCUUCAGUUAUUGUUAGAGCAAUUUCUAUUCGAUCAGUUUCAAGAAUGCAAGCAGAUGUGGAGAAGGAUACAUACACUGUAUGACCACUUUAAAGGAUAUUUGGCCAGUCAUGACUCUCUUCUAUGAUUACAAUAUGCUGUUCAUUGAGAAGAUCUAUGACACAGAAACUUUUGCUAUUUUCUUUUCUAACAGUUCAAAGCAAUAACACAAAGUUAUAAUAAGUUAAGACUUUAUUUGAUCAUCAUAUAACAUCCAUUGUAAGUUUGCAUCAUAGGUACCAUCAUCAUCAUCACCAUCAUCUUUCUAUUUUAAUGAAACAUAAUCACUUUGAAACCUUCAACAUUCCCUCCUCUCUCCUCGAGCAACUCACAGGCAUUUGAUCUUCAUCCAAGCCAAAGAGGGUGGGGGGGGUUUAUCCCUGCCUGCCUGGCGUUAGGGAAUUUGAAUAAAAACUGUAACAUCUAAUUUCCAGUAGAGUACAAGUGUUAAUUAUUAUUGAAUAUGGAGGUGUUUAAGGCAGAUAGUGCACUUUCACUAACAAAUGCCUCAGAAGAAAUAAGGCUUCAAGGUCUAGAUUUUAAAGCUUGUUCAAUUAGUUUUUAAAGCUUGAUCAACUAGUUGAAAGUGAAAUUACUAAUUAUUUCGCCUUUUUGUGUGGGGCAUUUGAACAUUUUCUUAAUUUUUCCCAGGGAAUAGGAAUUUUAGGAAGCCUAUCUCCAAAAUCCUCAUCUCCAGGGGUUUGUCUCAAGUUGAGUGAUGCUUAUAAUUCUCAUCAUUAUUCUUACCCAUGUUGUCACCUACAUUGUUAGCAUCAUCAGAACUAUUGAAAAUCUGCAGAUUUGAAAUCUCCAGAUCUUGGCAGCUCUGACUAUACACGAAAAAAUAUUAACUACGACCACAGACUUUGACACCCAUUUUUUAAUUUUUUUUGGAAUUAUUUUAUUUUUUCUUUGCAGCCACAGCUGAUGUUUAUAGGAAUGAGGGUAAUGAGGCCUUAAAGAAAGGAGAUUUCAUCAAUGCUAUUCAUUUUUACACCAAAGGAAUUAAAAUGAACUGCAAUGACAAAGAACUGAAGGUCAAACUGCACAACAACAGGGCAAUUGCACAUUCUAAACUUGGUAAGAUAAUGAGAACUUUAAUAUGCAUUUUUUUUUUCUAUUUUGAAGCUAUUAAGUUUUCAGUAGUAGUUUUCUGAAAAAGGUGAUGAUUUUGAAUGCAUGCCCGGAAAAAUUUACAUCUUAUCUUGGCCUCUCGAAUAUACAAAGAAGUAACCUCUUACCCCAGAUAUCAACGAGCAUCACAGGUUUUUCCCAAAAUUAUAGUAAUGGUAGUUGGUUUGCAACAUGUAUGGUUAAUCAGAGAUAUUUAUUUCAAUAACAGGAAAUCACCAGGAUUCACUAAGGGAUGCAGAAGCAGCCAUUGAGUUAAAUCCAACUUUCCUUAAGGCAAUUGUGAGAGGUUAGAUAUGUUAGCUGUACUAUAAUAAUAAUAAUAAUAAAAAAAGAACUCAACACUCGAAGGUUAAAUGAGGUUAAAUGGAGUUCAAUCUUGUCUUAAUUGACUUUAAUUAAGAGGUCGAGACCACCCUGAUGUACAUUUGAAUCCAGCUCUUGACUGCUACGCCAUUACUUUCCAUUAAAUCAUGAUGAGAAUAUUAUUUUGAACGGGAUGAAGAACUCAAUGUGGAAUGCAAAGCAAAAUUUCCGCAUGAAUAUUUUAGUUCCUUAAGUUCAAUGAGUCACAGGUGUCAGAUAUGUUAAGAGCGUGUCCACGAGAGCACCGGAGAGUCGUGCUAGAUGCCAUCUCACCGAUUUCAAUGAAACUUUGCCAGUUUAAAGGGUCUACCCCAAAACUCAAAAAGACAAACUGGUUUCUGUAUUGUUUUUUUUCUAUUUUUUUUCUCUGGGGGGAGAUAGACAACCCCCCCUUUUUUUUCUUAGUUUUCACCAAGAAAAUCGCUUCAAAUAGGUAAAAUGUAUGAAGGUCUCACUACGAUGGUAUUUAACCGAUUACUUUGAGGAUUUGCACACAUAUUUUUACAUCCUUAGUUAAUGUCUGCUGCGAGCAUCAGUCAGUUUGAUUGACGGCUUGUCAAUCAACGGAGGCAAAUAUACGACUGUGUUUUUAGACUUUUCGAUUCAUCCAAAUAUUUGACAACUUUGAGGUCAAAUAUCUCCCGUUGCCACAAAGCUACAAGACUAAUCUUCCCCUUUAUAGCCCAUCAUUUCAUCUCUGGAAAUCAUCCAAAAAUCUUUUUGGUACUGCCGUAUUUUUGUCUUGGAUGCCUUUUAAAAUCUGCGACUGUGACAAGUUUCUCUUAACUACACCUGUCACGCACUUCUUGCUCUCGGCGGUCACUUGACCAAAUAAACCAACAUUUUUUAGCUCUUUAUACAAGAUGGUUGUUAAACAAAGGUAAAAAAUGUGAAAAACUUUCGAGAUUUUUUGUAGGAAUGGAAAAUUUAACGUUUAGAGAGGUGCAUGUAGACGAAAAAUCAAUGGGAAAAUCGUAGCGUUUCUUUCUUCAGUCGUUUAUUACUUUGAAGAUUUGCUAAAAUCAGCAGAUAUGGCUUUUAUACGGCACAAAAAAUUCAUUAGUCUAUAAUUUGAUUGUUUAGCAUCAUCAUUGCUCAUUUUAGGAGAUUUUAAAGUCACAUGCUGCGUGUUGGUUGAUAUUACUACAUGUUCCAGUGUGCUACAACUUCGGCUUUUACAGACGAGAAAUUCUGCGCUCUCGCUCGAGAGCAAAUAUCAAUAGUUCUAUCGGACUAAAAACUGUGCUUCUAUCCCGAAAAUAAAAUUCAAAUAGUGUUGUCGUUGUCACUUACCGCCAUCGAACAUUUCCAUGCAGAACUCCGCUAAGCUAACAUCUGUUACCGAAGACUCUCCGUAGGAAUUAUUCAAGCGCGUUGUUCGUGCUGUCUGCUAAAUAACAAUUUCAGAAUAAUCUGCAGAUCUCUAUGAUUAUUUGCCUGCUUCGACUGAAACGUCCUGAUACAUCCUUCUUUUAGCAAGAAUAUCUCGCUUUCUUGUUCCGUCUAUGACGGAUUGGGUAUAGUUCUCGCGAUGACCCACGUUCAGAAAUCUGUGCACGUUGCUGAUAACCACCCGCUUCUAGGAUUAGUUUGCUGAAGGUUUCUAAUGUGAUGAGCCAAGUGAGACCCUGAGGUGCUUCAAACCGUGCCAGUUGGUCUGCGCUAUAAACUUGUCGCAGUUCUUAAGUCAGAGGGAGGAUCGCCCACCUCUAUUUAUGUGAGCACCUCUACAGUACCUGCGUAUCCCUAGCAAUCAUAUGAUAUAAAGUUCUUCUCAGUCACAAAUCACCAGUUAGGAAAACUGAUGUUCAGACCACGUAGUGACCACGCCCACUUCAACACCCCACUCAAAUCGAGUGUAAUGUUCGAAUGUUUUACCAUCGUGCGGAUUCUCUACGGAAAAAGCACUCAAUGUACCUCUGAAAUAUUAAACUAUAAUAUUGUGGCUUUCUAUUUCGCUAAUUUUCUAACUUGAAGGUAAAGUUUUUCCCUCGUCAUUUUUACCUUUUCUCCGAGCGGUUGCGUGAAAUCAACAAGGCAUUUUUUAUCAAAACACGACCUAGCGAAGGGUCUCGGGCGAUAUCUCUUUUACGCAGGCGCAAAUUAAAAAUGUACCGCCAGAAUCAAAAAGAGGAACAAAUUUCCUUUGUUUUGAUAUGUAAAGUGUCGAACAAAAAGCAGAUUUACCCUCGUCAAAUGGCAUUUCAAAACAGCUGUAUCUUCCUCCUUUUGAUUUUUUCCUGUUUUGUAAGCGUGAAAGCAGUAGGAGAGGGAUCGGGAAACUCAGAAAGCGCUUCGGGAAUUAGUCUGCCAUCGUUUACUUACAAGAUAAACAAGUAAGAUUUGUGAAGUUCGUUGAAGUACGAAGUCUAAAUAAAUGCCUUUUUAAAGCUUGUUUGCUGGAUUUUUCGUAAACUUCCCUGAUUAGUUUUUCGUUUCAGCUUACUAAUCUAUACUAUUUCAAAGCAAUGUAAAGACGAAGACGGAGAACCAUGAGUCGGUCCUUUCAACAAUCGUAAACAAAGUGUUUGAGCAAUCAGGUAUACGAGGUGUAAUAAUCAAUAGCCGCACAUUAGAAGUCUUCAGAAAGAAAGUAUUCUGUCUUCAGAAGGCUGUCAAAAAGCUAGUGAUCGUGGCGGAAGGCAAUUAAAUGCGCUUCUUAGCAAGUUGGAAACGGGCUUUCGGUAUCGAUUUAAUAUCAUAUCGAUCUCAGUAUCAUACAGUUUUGUAUCUUUCCUCCGUGGAUUUGCCUUUCCAACGAGGGUUUAUGUUGAGUAUUCAUUGCAAAAUCCUUUGUUUUUUUUUUUCUUUGGCUUGUCCGCCAUUUUGAAAAUUCGUAACGGAGAGCAUGCGCAUUACGUGGGGUUAGUGGUUGCGUACACCUGGAACCGAGAAAAACAAAUGUUCGUCGCACUGGGGAAAGAGUUUGAUAUGUUGAAUUGAGGGCUUUUUAGACACUCGAUUUCUUAUAUGGCAUCACUAUGAAGACGUAAUAGAACUGAUACACCUACACUACAUAGGAUUAAAAUGUCUGUUGCGCUGUUGCGAGAAGGAGGAAAAUAUUACUGGAAGUGUAAACUCUUUUUAAAAAGAGUUUCAGAGACGUUUCAGAGAUGUCUAUCUUUGAUCGGCUGUCACAAAAAAAUGACCCCCACUUAAAUUUACUAGGAAAAAUGAACUUACCAACUCCUUGUUGAAAAAAUUGGAAUUCAUUUGACCGAUACGCCGGUUGUUUCAAUUUUGCUUUUUCCUCGGGCUGCUAUAAAACAGUUUAUAUAUUGACUAAUGAAUAAAAUGUUUUGAAAUACCGUUCGGAAUUUGCCUUUUUUUUCUGCGUGCAAAUCAAGGGUAGACAAAGUUUUUAAAACAUUUGACUAGAAUUUCAUGGAGUUCACCUCGAUAAUUUUCGUCGGCCAGAGUCGAGACGCGCCAAGGUAAGGGACAUCGCCCUCCAGUAAAAUAAUUUUCUAAAGAAUAAACGUGGCAAGCGUGAGAAAACGCACAUUUUUUUUAUCAUUGUGAUCAAAGCCCAAUGAUGUACCUAAAUUGGUACUUACGGUAUCAAACCAUCGAUUAUGACAGGGUGAGCUUAAUUUUUCUGUCGAGGUCGACGUGACUUCACAUUAAAAGCGUUUUUGACGGAACAAACUAGUGAGCAUCACUGCACGAACUGAGAAAGUAAAAACUUGUAUUUAUCUCCCACGCGUUUCGUCUGACAAUAGUAGACUUCAUCAAGGAUUUUUUCAAGUAGGGUAAAUAAGCUUGCUCAUAUACAGAUAGUAAAUAUGUUGUCUCUUUGCUAUUGAAACCAAUGGAUAGAAUUCGCCAGGUGCGCCUAGGUGUUAUACAUGCGUGACAUUUUCCGGACGUUGCAUGUACGAGUAGGUGAUCCGUUUGAGGGUCACAGAUUUAGGGUAAAUAUUUCACCCCUCAACAUCACGCAAUGUCUCUAGUUUAUAGAGGUCUUAGAACGUUUCAUUAUAUGGAGUUGCCUUCUGCGGGUAGAAGGCUACAAGCGAAUUUCUCAGGGCGUAAUUGCCUUUGAUUUCUUUAUUGAUGUUGUCGCAAACCUAGUUUUUGGGAGUCACGAGACAAAAAAAACUUAUCAGGACCUAGUUUCGUGUUCUAAUGGAAAUAAAUAGCAAAUAAAAACACAUUUUCUUGAGAAAUAAAGUCACAAAUGACGGGGGUUCUCUGAAACAAAUAGUGAUAGAAAAGGAUUUCAGUUCUGGUCAAUAUUGACUCUUCACGGCCUACUUCCAAAUCUGAGGGAACGCACUGAGGGAAUAAAAAAACAUAAAUGUGUGAUAAUGCAAGCAAGAGAAUGAAAAUCCAAAUGAAGAAAAAGGAGAAAACAUAGGAACCCGUGUUGCAGCGUGCAGAUAUCUUUCGAGCCAGACCUACACACCUAAACCCGACACCACCCUGAGAAACUCGAAAGAGUCCUGUAUAUGAACUAGCUCGCACGUGCACGCAGGAAAGGCCAUGACAAUCAGCGAAAAUAAUAGCAAAUGCAAAUGAUAUUUGCAGUCAAAAAACAGAAAAAUAAGAUAACAGAAGGAUUAAGAACUUUCUAGAAGUAUCUUCUUGAAAAAAAAAGAUGAACAAUUUUUACUUCUCAUGAAAAGUCACGCAGUAACCCUACAAAUACUAUUUCUAUACGUGGAAUUUCUUGAUGGUGGAAAGUGGAAAAAACAUUUUCCAGUCUUAUUUUCUGGAAACACGGCGUAGUUAAUGAAUUUAUGGGGCUAUUGAUAUUUCCUAUCAAAUAAGGGGGGCAGAGUUUCCCGUCAUGCGCGGUAUGGAAAAGCCGAAGUUGUUACACUCGGGAACUUGUACGUCAACAAGCAGGCGACACGUGACUUUAAAAUCUCCUCUCUUGUUACAGUUUCCUUAUUGUAAACUGUGCGAUAAUGAUAAUAGACGAUCAAACUAUAGGCUAAUGAAUGUUUUGUUCUGUACAAGAGCCCUAUGUCCUGAUUUUAGCAAAUCUUGAAAGUAAUAAACGACUGAAGAAAGAAACGCAACGAUUUUCCCAUUGAUUUUUCGUCAACAUGCAUCUCUCUAAACGUGAAAUUUUCCAUUCCUACAAAAAAUCUCGAACGUUUUUAACAUUUUUCACCUUUCUUGAUCAAUCAUCUUGUAUAAAGAACUAAAAAAUGUAGGUUUAUUUUGUCAAGUGACCGCCUAGAGCAAGAAGUGCGUGACAGGUGUAGUUGAGAGAAACUUGUCACAAUCGCAGAUUUUAAAAGGUAUCCAAGACAAAAAUACGGUGGUGCCCAAAGAUUUUUUUGAUGAUUUUCAGAUUUCAGAUUCCCCACGGAAAAAACCAAAACAGAAACCAGUCUGUUUUUUUUUAGUUUUGGGGUAGAGCCUUUAAACUGACAAAGUUUCGUUGAAAUCGGUGAGAUGGCAUGUAGCACGACCGCCCGGUGCUCUCGUGGACACGCUCUUAAAUCACUAUCUAGCUGUUUUAGAAAGAAGGAUCAGGACUUACCUAACUCUUAGUGUUUUUGUGGGAGUUGUUGAUCCCAAUUUAAGUGUUCUUAGAAGUUUCAGUUGUCUGUAAAGGUAAAUAAAUCUAACUGAAACCUAAUAGAGCCUGUUUAUUCUUUUCCGUUUAGUUUCUUUGUUUUGUUUUGUUUUGUCUUUUUUUUUCUUCUGGUCUGUAAUGAUUUCAAUGGUUCCAGGUUCUUUUCUCAGAAUUGAGCUACAGUAAUAGUAUGCUUCUUUGUGUUGUUGCCUACAGGAGCCGCUGCUUGUGUUGAAUUGAAGAGAUUUGAAGAAGCAAUCAGUUGGUGUGAUGAGGGACUAGUUGUAUCCUUUGAAGGAAUCGUUCAUUUUUAACUGUGGGUAUAAAAAAAGUUUCCAUAAUUUGAUGUUUCAAGGGAGAAAAUGCAAAGAAGGGUAUUAAUUAUGAUGGGAACUUGUCAGCUCAUAUACUUUAAGUGUGUGUGAUUAAAAAUAUAGGAGACGUUAUUACCUCAUGACUUAUUAAUGAAAUUACUCCUUUUAGCCAAUUUGACUUAGUUCUACUAUCCAUGCCAAUAACUGUUACAUUAGUUUAAAUAACCCUUUAAUUUCCAGACAAAAUUUGUCUAGAAACGAUAAUAACAAAGUAGUUUGCAUUUAAAAAGCAGCAAUGUUUUUAUCAUAACAAGGUCACCCUUUAUCAUCCCUCUUGUUCAGAGGCUUGGGAACCAAGCACGCAAAUGUUAAAAUGGACUAUUACAUAUCAAUAUGAUCAGAAACAUAAUCUUUUUUGUUUUUUCCACAUUUUUUACCCUUAACAUAAAAAAGAUUGACAAAAACAAUAGGAUCUUGUUGUCAUUAAGACUUCAGUCUGUCAGUGAAGUGGGAGAUAAGUCCAUGGAGGAAAAAGAUCCUAUUAGUCAUGACCAUGGUAGUGCAAGUUCAGGUGAUGUCAAGAAAGUCAUAGAUCUCUAUAAUCGGGGAAAAGAAGCCAUAGAGUACCUCAAUCUAUAUCUUAAAAAAGCUAAAGAAGUAGGAGACAAGCAUGGGGAGGGUAACGCUUAUAGCAAUCUUGGCAAUGCUUAUCACCGUCUGGGUGAUUUAAAAAAAGUCAUAGAGUACCAAAACCUACAUCUCAAAAUUGCUAAAGAAGUAGGAGACAAGCAUGGGGAGGGUAACGCUUAUGGCAAUCUUGGCAAUGCUUAUCAACGUCUGGGUGAUUUCAAAAAAGCCAUAGAGUACCACAACCUACAUCUUAAAAUAGCUAAAGAAGUAGGAGACAAGCAUGGGGAGGGUAGUGCUUAUGGCAAUCUUGGCAAUGCUUAUAGUAGUCUGGGUGAUUUCAAAAAAGCCAUAGAGUACCACAAUCUACAUUUUAAAAUAGCUAAAGAAGUAGGAGACAAGCAUGGGGAGGGUAACGCUUAUGGCAAUCUUGGCAAUGCUUAUCAACGUCUGGGUGAUUUCAAAAAAGCCAUAGAGUACCACAACCUACAUCUUAAAAUAGCUAAAGAAGUAGGAGACAAGCAUGGAGAGGGUAAAGCUUAUAGCAGUCUUGGCAAUGAUUAUAUUAGUCUGGGUGAUUUCAAAAAAGCCAUAGAGUACCAAAACCUACAUCUUAAAAUAGCUAAAGAAGUAGGAGACAGGCAUGGAGAGGGUAAAGCUUAUAGCAGUCUUGGCAAUGCUUAUAUUAGUCUGGGUGAUUUCAAAAUAGCCAUAGAGUACCACAACCUACAUCUUAAAAUAGCUAAAGAAGUAGGAGACAGGCAUGGGGAGGGUAACGCUUAUGGCAAUCUUGGCAAUGCUUAUCACCGUCUGGGUGAUUUCAAAAAAGCCAUAGAGUACCACAACCUACAUCUUAAAAUAGCUAAAGAAGUAGGAGACAAGCAUGGGGAGGGUAACGCUUAUGGCAAUCUUGGCAAUGCUUAUAUUAGUCUGGGUGAUUUCAAAAAAGCCAUAGAGUACCACAACCUACAUCUUAAAAUAGCUAAAGAAGUAGGAGACAAGCAUGGAGAGGGUAAAGCUUAUAGCAGUCUUGGCAAUGCUUAUAGUAGUCUGGGUGAUUUAAAAAAAACCAUGGAGUACAACAACCUACAUCUUAAAAUAGCUAAAGAAGUAGGAGACAAGCAUGGGGAGGGUAAAGCUUAUGGCAAUCUUGGCAAUGCUUAUCGCAGUCUGGGUGAUUUAAAAAAAGCCAUAGAGUACUACAACCUAGCUCUUAAAAUAGCUAAAGAAGUAGGAGACAAAUCCUUUGAGGCAAUGGCCUACUCUUCACUAGGAUGCGUUUUUGAGUUGCAAGGUGGACUGCCAAAAGCCGUUGAACAUUAUCAAGCUAGCAUAAACUUAUUCAAUUCCUUGAGAGUACUUCUAAAAUCUAAAGAUGAGUGGAAAGUUAAUUUUCGAAAUCAGCAUCAAAUGGGGUAUACGGGUUUGUGGAGAGUUCUCGUAGAACAAGGUAAUGUAGAUGAAGCCUUAUUUGUUGCGGAGAAAGGACGAGCUCAAGCUCUGACCGACCUCAUGGAAUCCAUUUUUUGUGGUGGAACAAGUCACUGCAGGGGAGAAGAUGAAGAUUUCACAGUUCUAAAAAACGUUCCAUCAAACACUGUCUUUCAGGCAGUGGACAAAGCUAACGUCAAUCUUUGGGUUGUUUCCGAAGGAAAACAAGUUCGGGUAAGACAAAGUAAACUCAAAGGUUUUGUUUCAGAGAAUGAUGGAUCUAGCCAGUCCUUUGAGUCGUUCAUGCUCGGUGUCUAUACACAACUUGGUGUUCGUUCUAAUGUGAGAUGCGAGAAUCGAUCUUUAGAUGCUUUGAGGGAGGGCCGUUCAAAAGUGGAUGAGAAAACCAAAGAAGCCAACCCUCAACCUCACAUCCAACAAGACGGAUGCUUGAGCACUUUGUAUGAUAUCGUUAUGAAGCCGGUGGCUGACUUGAUUGAAGGGGAUGAGCUACUCAUUAUUCCUGAUGGACCCCUGUGGAUCGCUCCUUACGCUGCAUUGAAGGAUGGUAAUUCUAAAUAUCUGUGUGAAUCGUUCACAAUCCGAGUCGCUCCAUCGUUAGCAAGUCUUAGACUCAUUGCCGAUUGCCCAGAUGAUUAUCACAAAAGCAGUGGUGCGUUACUUGUAGGAGAUCCGUGGGUAUCCGAGGUUACUAACAGCGAGGGAGAGAAAGUCCUCGAGCAGCUUCCGUGUGCUAAAGAAGAAGUAGAAAUGAUCGGAAAAAUUCUGAAUAUCACGCCAAUCACUGGCAGACAGGCCACGAAACGUGAGGUGUUGAAAAGACUCAGUUCCGUUUCCUUAGUUCACUUUGCGGCACACGGAUGUAUGGAAACUGGCGAAAUUGCUCUUACACCUGACCCAGACCGAAUAUCUACUGUGCCAACGGAGGAGGAUUACAUUUUAACAACUGGAGAUGUGCUGAAUGCUCAACUUCGGGCCAAACUUGUUGUGCUUAGUUGCUGCCACAGCGGCCGGGGCGAGAUCAAGGCUGAAGGUGUGGUUGGCAUUGCGCGCGCUUUUAUGGGGGCUGGUGCUCGGUCUGUUGUGGUAUCCCUGUGGGCGAUUGAUGACGAGGCUACUCUUGAGUUCAUGAAAUACUUUUAUCAACAACUUGCAGGAGGUAAACCAGCAAGCGAGUCACUGAACCUGGCCAUGAAAAGCCUCAGAGAAUCAAACAAGUUCUGCGACAUCAAACACUGGGCGCCGAGAUGA